CACAUAUGACACACCCGUGCCCUCUGUUCGUAGCUUUUAGCCCUUCCCCUAAAAGCAGAAUCCACGACAAAAGAUCCGUAUAUUGACUCGACUGUCACUCGACUCAUCACCACCAUUGGACGAAUCGAAUCAGGAUUCGUGUCGUGGAUACGUCGAAUCCUAAUUAGAUUUUGGAAGCGUUUUCAAAAAUGCAUUAGAGCUCAAAAAGGAGCUCUAAUGAAUUUUUGAAAACGCUUCCAAAAAUUAAUUAGAAUUCGAUUCAUCCAGGCUCAAGUCGUCAUUCACUCAUUCACUCCAAGGAAGAAAUGCCCCUACAAGAAGAAACCAACUAACUGUGCUGCGCUUUGCAGCUGCCGCCUUUUAAAAGUGUUCUCUUCGGCGACGACCAUGAUGAAGCGAGAAGUCAACCUCGGCGCUCUUCGGAGGGGAGAUCCUACUGCAGUUUCCACGGCAACUCAUUUCCUUCGGCAAGAUGGCUUUGUUUUUAUCGAAAUGACGACAACAGCCCAUGGAGACGUGCGUGAUGAUGAACUCCUCGAGCAGUUCAGAGAACCCUUCCAACAAGCAGCUGAUUUCUUGCAAGGUCCCGCCCGCGGAAAGGGAUCACGAGAUGCCAUGGUCCUUCAUGGACAUGUUUCACACCGCUACAAGGAUUCUCUCCGGCUCUUGUCUGGGAACCAGUUUGCCACCAAGAGCAACUGUCCCUUCGAGCUGAAGAAGUCCCUGGAAACUCUCGUACAUGCCAUGGAUAACGCAGCACAGGACAUCACUCAAGCGUUGGCUCAACAUUUGUUCCAAUUGCGAUCAGCAGAGGAAGUCGGAAGAACGUUUCAGUUACCCUUGCUGGAUACCAAAGCAGCCGACGGUGCCAACUAUGGACUUGUGGACUUGGUGUGCUACCACAAUGAUGCCGUUACCCCCGAGGUUGUCGUUGCAGCUCAUGAAGAUCCAGGGCUGCUGAUACUUGCGCUACCCGAAAUGGCUCCCGGAUUACAGCUACUAGCCGGUCCAGAUGAGGAAAACAAUGAGUGGGUGUCGCCGCCUCCUGGGAUGGGUGUCUUGUGGGCCGGCAAGGCAGCACAAGGCUAUGCACGCCCCUGUUCACAUCGCGUUGUGACCAAUCCAGGCACACCACGUAUCGCUUGUUGGCACGAGAUCUGUACCUGUGGACAAAUCUGCCAGCCUCUCUUGGAACGCAUGGAGGCCAACCAUCAAGAGUUGGUGUAUAAAGUGGCUGUCAAUGAUGUCGAUGGCAACGCCAAAUGCAUGGUCCAAGGAACCAAGGCUGUGCUGGAGCAUCUUCGUCAAUCCGAAAACCACGACUAUCCUUCGUUGCCACAACCGCCGCCCACUUGGAUUGAAACCGUUUUUUUGAGUGUUGCUUCGUUGUGGCGGGCAGGGAAACCCGAUCCUUCCAGAACUACGCAGAAGCUCUCGGCGGGUGUCCCCGUUCCAGACACAGUCGGGUUGCCUCCAGAUGGGAAAACGAGCGCAUUGUCCGCAAACGAGCAAAACAAACAGAACCUGCCUUCGCUGCAGCUACGAGACAAAAACGACAGCCAAAAGAAUGAGAAUGGAACAGCUUCUACUACUUCCCCAAAGAAGCUGUUUGACAACAAUGGCCUCGGGUACACUGUGACCGUCGAACCAAUAUCGCGCAAGGCUGGAGUCCCAGGACCAAAGGUUGAGGAAGUCACUAUCCGUGUAACAGUUCGGAAGAAUCAGCCCAAGAUCUUGGGGCUGUUUCCUUUUCCCUCAUUCUUCUCUGGGCGGGGCAAGUAGUGCAAAAGCCGUACCGGUACAUAGCGAGACAGCGAAUGCUGUAUCAUCCUCGUCAUCUUCUAGCUAGCUAUUAUAGCCAUGUUCAGCUCAGAUCCCAGCAUCUUUGCUACGGAUUCCACGGCAACACAAUGGUGCAAACUGCGAGUAGCGGUACUCUAGUACCGGUAUGAUCGGCGCAAGCUUUGAUUAGGAAAAGUGUGCGUCUGAACUGACGUCACCUUCUCCUUCUGAGUCACAGCGAGGAAAGAUCUUCAAACAGCAAGAAGCGAGCACUUGAGCAUCAG